AGGACCUUUAAGUCGUACCAGUGUCUACAGUUAUUGCUCGGCGCAUGCGUCGUGCUUCUUUCUGCAACGAUAAUCCCAGCGUCCAGCGUUUACCCGGUAACUGUACAGCUUAACGAUGGAAGUUCAUGUGGCCUCGAAGUGAACUUGUUUCUGUACUCUGACCUGUUGGUCACUAUGCGUCCUGGAAAAAUCCCUAACGGUAAUUACUCCUGCUCCUUGACAGUCAAAGGCGUUUACUUCAUAUAUCCCCAAGUGGUCAAAAUGAGGGCGCGUUUCAGAAGCUACAGCAUGAACUCUUCAUACCGGAAUCAGUGCGAGCAUGGUAAUAACAUACAAUCAAUUGAGAUUAUUUCGCCAAACGGCACUGGGUUACCACCAUUUUGUGGCAAAAUCAAACCCUCUGGGUUCUUUGAUUUAGAGCAGUACGCAGAGAUUCGUGUUUCGAGUACUCGUAGAUAUGGUCAUGACUCUUCUAUAGACGCGCCUCAGUUCGACAUUUUGAUAACGCCAAUUGUGAUCCGAAGCAAGCUUAAGUCGGAGACGUGCCCGACAAAGGAUUAUAUCGACUGUAAACUUGACGACGCCUGUUUACCCAGAAGUCUCGUUUGUAACGGGGUUGACGACUGUGGCAAUGGCGUCGACGAGACCGGAUGUAGUAGCCCUCACCAUGACGACUAUAGCAGCAUCAGUAUUGGGGAAGAAGUUGGCAUUGCUGCUGUCUGUUUUGUAAUGUUUGUGAUCAUUGUGGUUGUUGUCCUGAUUUUUUACAGGCGCUAUAAACGCCGCAUUUCGUACCAAACGAUUAAUAAUUAACAAUCAAUUUUUAGAUUGAUCUGAGGAUUCCUCCAUAGUAAUAUACUGACGAGCAAAAGAAAGUGAGCACCCUACGUUCUGUGCAUUAUUUCCGUUCUUUACCGUAGUAAUGCCGUAUUGCCAAUGAAUUUUGAAAGGUUUGCCAUUUUUCAAUAAAUGCAGACAAAAAACCUAAGAAAAACGAUCAAAAGCACACCUUUUAUUAUAAAUUAAGAACACCGAUUCAAAUGUGCAAAAUCCCAGAAUUAGUAACGGGUGUAACUCCCACCAGCAUUGAUGACUACAGUACAUCUCCGCUUCAUGGAUUGCACAUGUCGUUGGAUAAAUUGCUGGGGAAUAUUAUUCCAAGCAUCAAUUAUUAAUGAUUGCUGCAGUUGUGGGAUUGUCGUUGGGGGUGGUCGAAGGGUGCGAAUUUCCUUGUCCAUCGUGUCCCAGAGGUGCUCAAUCACGUUUAAAUAUGGGGAUAAUACUGGCAACGGUGUUAUAACAUAUACGUCAUUUUUGUUGUAAGAAUCUCUGGGUAACAAAGGCACGGUGUGCUGCUGCAUUGUCCUGCUGGAUCACAAGAUUGUUCCUGUGGCGAGCCAGAAACGGCAGAAGGUGUGGAUAGAGAACGUUAUUGGUGUAUCUCUGGGCAGUCAGAUUACCGUCGAUAAUGACUAAAUCGAAUUUAUCAGUACUGGUGAUGGAUUCCCGUACCAUAAUGCUACGUUUGUCAGCAACAGCACUGACCCACUGAGAUAAGUAACGUUCAUGACGUCUCCGGUAGACUUUCAGCCUUCCAUCGUGGCGAUCCAAAAGAAAUCUGGACUUGUCAGAAAAUAUAACUCUGUUCCACUGGUGGUUUAGCCAUCGCCGAUGCAGACGUACCCAGUUGAGUCAGGCAUGACGGUGUCUUUGGAGGAGUCGAGUGCGUCGAGGUGGGUGUCGGGCAACGAUUCCGUGGGCUUUCAAGUGUCGACGAACGGUGAAGCGGCUGAUUGGUCUAUACACAGGCCGAUCUCUGGCAGUUUUAGAAGCUGUUUGAAACCGAUCCCGCAAGUGUGGAACUCUGAUUCGAUUGUCUUCAACAAAAGUAGUGACACGAGGACGACCAGACCUUGGAGUGUCACUAAUCGAACCACUUGCUUUGAAGUGUAUCCUCAGCUUUUGGAUAGUAUCUCUCUUCACAUUGAAAGCUCUAGCGACAGAAGAAACCGUCGCAUUAGCUCUCAGCAUGCCAAUAGCUUCUUGACGUUGCGCAUCACUGAGACGAGGCAUCGUAUUAAAAAAAAAAUUGAAAAGUACAAACCCAAAACUUUUGACGGCCUUUAACUCCUUUACUGCUAAGAUGUUUCCAUCUAUGUUUAUACUGACAAAAUGAAAUGUCCUUUCAAGGAAACUGUUCAAAGCCAUCAAAUCUUUCCCCUUUUCAUGAGUAAGAAACUACAAACGGUGGCUCUACGUCCUAAAAAGUAUUGUACAAAUCAGCAGAGAAACAUGCCCGUGAACAAGUUUUAGAGCACACACAAGAACAUACAAGUACGUCGACACAGCAGUGAAGAGGUUAAGCUGACACACGUUGAAGUGUGUAACGGAAAAAGAAUAAAAAGUAAAGACAUUUUGUAAACUUUCAAGAAAAAACGAUAACACACGUUUUUGUCCAAACGUGUUUGUAAACAAUUUUUAUAACAAAAAAAA